AACAUGUGCUUACUUAUACUAAUUCGUUUUGCUUGGCGCCGUUUUUAUUCUCUCAACAAAGACGCGACGACGGUUACGAGGAUCUAGAAACAAAAAAGACCGGAUAACGAGAGCGGCGGCUGGAGGCACCGUGCGACGCCGUUAUCUCCGUCGAGCAUCAGCACCUGUUUUCCAUCAACCGCUGAAUUCUCGUCUGCGUUCACCUUCACUUCUCAAUUCCGCUUCUCUGCUCAGCACUCAUUUGAUUUUCGAGUUUUCCAAUCGAUUAAUCUAAAUCCGGAAAACCCUAACCCUAGCGAUGGACGCAUCUGAACCCGACAAUGUCGAUGACUACUCGCCUUCUUCAACCGUCAUCAAAUUCGACCGCCCCGUUCCUUUGCUCCGGGGACCGUUACCGGCGGGUCCCUCCGACGACCCGUCGGCGGGACCGUACGUGCUGGCAUUCCGAGACUCGCGCGCGUGGGCGUCCUCGUUCGCGGCGUGCGAGCGUAAAAUCGUUGAGCAGUGCGAGGAGGGGGCGAGGAUCGGUUGCGCCGUGAGCGCGUCCAGAAAGUGCAAGCUUCCAUGGUGGAAGUCCCUGGCGGGUCCCACGCUCUCCGAUCUGAAGGAGCGGGAGCAGUGCGAAGUGCGCGAGAUGGCGGAUUGUGAAGCCGCGGCGAAGGAGAAGUGCGUUGGCUUCGCCAGGGACAAGUGCUUGGUUCCCUUUAGGGAUGCGAGGAUUAGGGUUGGGAAAGGGUUUUUGAGUUCCAGGGAUGCUGUGAAGUUGAUUGGUUGGGCAUCCAUGCCGGAGAGUGAGAGGAGUUUGAAGUUGAUGAGUCUAAUGGGGGGUGGUGGUGGUGGUGAUUUGGGAGUGACCAAUUGCAGGGCUAGUGAGUUGCUAGGAUUUGAUAAUUAUGUGCAAUGCAUUUUGGGUGAGCAGCAACACGGCACUGGAAACUGAGCAUAAUUUUGUCCCUUGAUGCGAAUUGCGGAGAAGUUAUCAUAAUUGCCAUCUCAUAGAGCUCGGGGAAUCAAGUAUCCAGGUUUUGUCUCACUCUUUAAUCUCAUCUAUUUGAACGUUUGUUUCAUAAGGUAAAAUGUACAAAGUGGUUGUGUUGAAGUCUAAUUGAAUUGGAUUGGAGACUUUUAUCGUUAAGUAAUUCCUUCUUACCAUUCUGUGUUAUUGUUUUUCUGUUUGAUCUACUUUUUACCCCGCUCUCUUGGAAGCCUGACCUCUAUUUAGUGCUUACUUUUUCAUAUGUAUUUAUUUUGCCUUCUCUUGCAUGGUUUUUUGUUAACGUUGAAGGGGUUUUUAAAGUAAAAUUAACAAUUUGUUCAUGUUGAUUCUAAACAGACUAGGCAGAUUAAAGGUUAAAAUUUUUUAGUCUGCAUAUUCUGAGCAACUUGCUCUGGGGGUUGUUUAAUUUAGUUUGGAAUCAAGUUUCAUUGUUAUUUUAGUAGACAUUCUGCCCUGAUUAGCUUUAUUGGUGUCCUUGGUUGAGCGUUCAAACUUCAAACAUAUUAUGAGAUGAGAUACAUUAUAUUUUAUAUUUCUUAAUUAUUGAUGCACCGGUGUCCCUUAUUAUCUGUGGUUCGUACUCCUCUCUGCAUCUGAUGUCUAUUUAUUGAUCUAUAAUCAUUUUAAUUGAGAAGUUCCUUUUAGCCUCUCUGGAAUAGCUCAAGUGAUAAAGGAGAAAUGGGGGUUGGGUUAGAAGUCAUAGGUUUAUUCUUGAAUGUAAAUCAAUGAUGCUUCCGGUUAUGGGUAAACUGUUGGUGAAAGAUGUCCUGAUGUCUUCUUUUUUUACCCAGGAUUUUAGGGACCAAAUCUCUUUUGCAUGUUUUGGCCCACUAGUGUUGCAGGCCAGAAUAAACUUUAAACAAUAGGCAAUUCACUUGCCAAACGUGAAUGUUGGACUUGUGGAUUUGAUUAGGGGCUUUGGGGCCUAUUUCUAUCGACCAUUCUCCUUAAAGUCAUCUCUUCUCUUUCUCUCUGUCCCUCACUCGUUCUAAUUGCAAUUUGCAAAUGGGGCCUUUUCAACUUGUUAAUUUCCAAUGCCUUUGACAUAUGGGAACCUUUUUUUUUGACAAAAUGAGCCAUAGACAUUUUAUUGUUAGCAAGUAACAACUCAUAAAUUAAUCAAAGAAAAAUCCAAUAAUCCAUGAUUUAUGAGUAACGUAGUACAAGUUCGAAAGUUUGUUCCUUAGCAAUUUUUUUUUAUUUUAUUUUUUGCAAAAAGGAAGAAGAAAAAGAACAGUGUUAUCCCCCCACCUCGGGGCAUUCUGGUUGGAGUCCACGACCUGUUCAAACCACCACCUAACCAAAGGAUUAAGGGUGGAAAGCAAAUUAUGGUCAUUACAUUUUCACUUUUUUCCUCCAUGAUGUCUUAUCGAGUUUGUCAUUUAGUGAUUUCUGCUCUUCCAAUUUGCUCUUAUUUUCUUGCCCUCCAAUUACGCUCAUAGUUCAAUUGGUCUGUUUCAAUUUCAUUUCUUUAGAGUUGCGCAUUAUUUUCUCCUAUUAAAUUGAGAAAUCGAAUCAAACAAUUCAAUUGGUUUAUUUAAUUAUUUUUCAUAUUUGGGUCCUAACCAAAUUGAACUAAUGAAACUUGAUUCCAAUUAGUUUGGAUCUCAAACGAAUCAGACAAAUCUGUUUCAUUUUUUUCUCUCCGGUAGUUCCAAUUUAUCAAUAAAUUUGUAUGAUCAUUGAGGAACUUUUUUACAUCUUUUUUUAUUAUUAUAAUACAUUUAGUUUUAUUUUUUAUUUAUUACUAUUUUGUUGUUCAGAUAUCUAUCUAUAUCUAUAUAGACACACACACCAACUUGAUGACUCGACCUGAACAUUUAAACUUAAGUUACUUGUCUCUUUUGAUAUCUCAGUGUGGACUUUUGUGUCCCCCUUUCUAUUCAUCGAAGUAGUUGCUUGCUAAUAACAAGAACCAAUCGUAGUUGCUUACUGAUAACAACUCAAUGAUGGGGAUAAUUUGUCUAAAUUAUUAGAGAGGCGUGAUUUCCUUAUUUAUUCGGCUGUCGACGUUAGAAGAUGCUGCGAAGUUGUACUGAUGGCCAGCGAAAGAUUUGUUUUUGCUUGUCAGGAUCCAGUAUUUAUUUGUUCACUUCUGCUUGACAAUUCACAAUGCAUUUUUCACGAAAUUACUUGGUUGUUUCCGUCUGCCAAACGUUGCUUUAAUAUACAUGAGAAAUGUCCACAAAUUUUCGGAAACGAAGUUACUAGGAAGUUUCGAUUAGUCAACAAUGACUAUAUCUUCUAGUAAGGAUUGAGUAUUAAAGUGGAAGAGAGAGAGGGAGAGGAGGACAAAACAUGUGAUGUGACUAACCUUUUUUUUUUCUUUGACGAGAGAUAUGACUAACCUUAACUUUGUGUAAACGCGCUCCUUUUUCUUUUUGGCUGUGCAUUAAAAGUGUGGAAGUUAUUGAAGUAAGUUUUUGUGUCAAGUCUUUUUCAUACCUACCCUAUGCGUGCAGUAAGUUUGUCACCUUUGGAAAUUAUAUAGAAAAUGUAGCCUGUCUGUGGGGGCACUAGAUUAAGUGUAAAGUAGAAAAGGAUGCCUGGAAAAAGGCAUGGUUCUUACUCUUUUUAUGUAUUUCCUAACGUACCAAUGUGUAUUUGGUAUUAUGUAUUAGGCUUAAUGUAUUUAUGGUCUCAAUAAUAUAGCAUUUGAGCAACUUUAGUUCUUCAA